AUUCACAAGGUUGUUAUGGAUGCUCGUCUAGGGGCGCCUAGACGGCUGCUUCAGACCCGGGAGACGGUCGCUUGCCGUAUCGGGCCGCCUGAUAUCAGACGCAAACCCUCAAGGCCGGUUCUCUCUCUCUUUCUCUCUGCUCUUAGGGCAAGAGAAGGGAGCGGCUCCGUUCCACCACCGAACCACUCUCGGCAGCGACGAGAGUCGAACGAGGGCCAGGAGACGCUCGAUCCCAGGAGAUCGGCGGCGAUUUUAGAUUCUUCAAAGAUGUCUCUUAUUGGAGGAGAGCACGGAAACAGGAUAACAGCGUGUCUUCAGGCAUUCUAUGCCAUAAAAUAUGCGAAUGAGGACAAUGUCCCAUGCAAGAUUGAGGAGGGUCUCUUCUUGGGUUCUGUAGGAGUGGCGCUCAAGAAGGAAGUGUUGAAAAGUUUGAACAUCACUCAUAUCUUAAUCGUGGCCAAAUCACUGGACCCUGCAUUCCCAAAUGAUUUUGUUUAUAAGAAGAUUGAAGUGCUUGACACCCCAGACACCAAUUUACAAGAAUAUUUCGAUGAGUGUUUCAGUUUCAUCGAUGAAGCUAAAAGGGCAGGUGGAGGUGUGUUGGUUCAUUGUUUUGCAGGAAGGUCAAGAAGUGUCACUAUUAUUGCUGCUUAUCUAAUGAAGAAGUACCAAAUGAGUUUGUCACAUGCUUUAUCGCUUGUUAGAAGCAAACGACCACAAAUAGCUCCUAAUCGCGGAUUUAUGACCCAAUUGGAGAACUAUGGCAAAUCAUUAGGAGGUUAUCAAAGAAUACCAAAUUAGCAUGCUAAGAUGUAGUAGUCCAUGAAUUUUUAUGCCUACUUGGAUCGAUAUUAUCUACUUUCUUGAGUUGUCAUAUUUAUGGGGCAUUAGUUGGUGUACAACUCUCAAGUAGUUUUCUGUAUAAUUCAUGAAAACUUGUACUUUCAUCUCUCCACAACAUCUGAUGGACUAACACAUUAUCAAUGCGCAUGUAUUACAACAAAUCAGUUGCUCUUUUGUUAUGUAAGGGCAAUAUAGUUAUCUUCCUUUUAAAAAUAACUCACGUGUUUGGAAGAGUUACUCUUUGAGCCAACUCAAGAAGAGACAAAAACCAAGUGCCCUGUACGGGUAUAUGCUUAAUAGACAUUGUUUUCCUUGUUGAUAGACAAAAGCCUGAAAAGUUCAUCAUCUGCCAUCUGAAACAUGAAAAAGUCUGAAAUACUUAUUUGUCAGUAUUCUAUGUAUAAUAUGAAGUUGUACAACAAAUACAAAAACAAUACUUAGUGUACCCACUUUUGAUAAUACCCAAGAAUUUACCCUCUCUCUGACAUACGGGGAGUGGGGACCAAAAGUAGUAGAGCUCGACUCUGAAUUUGUGGGUGUAGAAGUGUUCUAGGAAGUAGACAUAUGUAACUAGCCCAAUGACUUCAGCUAAGAGUUAUCCAAUCUAGAUGGCAUUGCUUAUGGAACACAACUAUGAUCUAGAACCGCUUAAAAGGAAUGAUCAGAAUUUUACAAUUGCCUUUCAACUAUACAUUACC